GAUUUGGAUCAUGAUGCCAGUCUACCAGGACCUUCAACAACAAAAAAGGCCACGGCCAAGGCAAGGCCACGAUCAUCAGGGAAAGCUUCACAUAAUCCUCGGGUCCUCAGAACACAGAGUCCUCAGAACACAGAGUCCUCAGAACACAGAGUCCUCAGAACACAGAGUCCUCAGGUCCUCAGAACACAGAGUCCUCAGGUCCUCAGAACACAGAGUCCUCAGGUCCUCAGAACACAGAGUCCUCAGGUCCUCAGAACACAGAGUCCUCAGAACACAGAGUCCUCAGGUCCUCAGAACACAAGAGUCCUCAGGUCCUCAGAACACAGAGUCCUCAGAACACAGAGUCCUCAGGGGUCUCAGGAGCCUCAGAUUGUGCCUGUGACCAAUCAACCCACUGCCACUAAAAACCAUGUGCCCAAAGCCAGCAUUCCCCACAAGGCCCGUGGAUUUUUAAAUUCAUGGAGAGUAGGUAGACCCUAACUAUACAUGAAGGGGGACUGAUGAAGUGUUCAUACUGCAUCCAAUAUGAACCUAAAAUAGUGCAGCUUAUCAAAAAGAGAACCUUUAUAAUCGGUUGCAGAUCGAUGAAACUCGAAUCCAUUCAAUCUCACCAGGGGAUGGCACAUUUGAAAGCCGAUAUGAUUCACAGAAACACUGUCGAUAAGCCAGAGGAUGCCCCAGGGGAAAAAUCAUCAAAUCACUCACUCAAUAUGAACUCAAAAAACUGGAUGUAAAAUUUCGCAAUGCCCAUGCCAUUGGCAAAAUGAGGAAAAGCUUUGGCGACUACGCAUGGCUGUGUGACUUAGAUAAGGCAUAGACAUUGGAGAAACGUACCUGACUCCCCAAUAUUGUAAAACAUUCAUUAGAUAUAUUGCUCGAUCGAAAUUGAUGGACCUCAGGAGCGAAAUAUCAGUUGCUUCAUUCAUUGCCCUAACAGUGGAUGGAGCAACUGAUAUUUCUUCACUGGAGCAGGAGUCCAUCAUGAUAAGGUACAAAUUGAAUUAUAUAACUAUUUCUAUUAUAAGUAUACUAUUGUAUUACAGGUUAUAUAGUAUACAGUGGACCAUGUUUAAGAUUAGUUUCCUUUUUCAGAUGUUUGGCUUUAAAAACAAUUUAAACAUUACAUAACCAUUCUCGAAUUGGGUUUCUCAACCAAUCAGAAUGCAGCA